UGUCGCCAGCGCCAACGACGCCUUCAUCACUCGCAAACUUGCCGCGCGUCGCGUCGCUUCGCGUUGUUUUUGUUUGUUUGUUUUGUGUUGUUGUUGUGCUGGCAGCUUCUGUCGCCGAUCCUGGCCAGACAGAGAGAGAGAGAGAGAGCGAAAGAGAUGACAAGUGAGCAGAUGAAGACAACGGAAACGAUGGUCGCCCACAUGGCGCCCAGUCGGAGUACAACACACGACCAAUUGGCCCGUCUCAUCGAUGUGCAUUUGGGCGAUUUGCGGGAGGAGCUGCCCAACUGGGUGUUGGCGCCAUCUCCAGUUGCGGGACGCGGUGUGUUUGCCACACGUGACAUUGCCGCCGGCGAGCUAAUCUUUCGGGAGAAUGCGCUCGUCGUGGGUCCGACGGCAAGGAAGGGUUCCCAGCUGAACACGUGUGUUUGCUGUCAUCGUCUGUUGUCCAGCAAGCAGUUCCUCUGCCCGCACCGUUGCACGUUGCCCGUAUGCGGCGAUUGUGCCGAUUCCACGGCACAUCGCAAUGAAUGCGAACACUUUCAGCGCUGGAUGCCAAAGGAUCCAGCCGAGCAGAUGCAGCAAGAGAAGCUGCAAAAAAAUGACAAUGACAAUGAGAUGAAAUCGGUAAAUGAAAGCGAAACCGCCAUGGAUGUGGUGAAUCCACUGUCACUGCGCAUUCUCACAGCCGUGCGCGUCUGCUAUCUGAGCAAGGAGCAGCGUGCUCUGGUGGAUGCCAUGCAGGCGAAUGCGGAGCGCGGCUAUCGCCAGGAGAUCAUCAAGGCCGCGCAAUGUUUCCGCAACUUUCCGACCACCGAUAAGGUCUUCAUGGAUCAACUAUUCCGCAUCGUGGGCGUUCUCAAUACGAACGCCUUUGAGGCGCCUUGUAGGGUCGACAAGCACGAGACGCUUCUCCGCGGCCUUUUCCCACUCACGGCGAUUAUGAAUCACGAGUGCACCCCCAAUGCGAGUCAUUACUUCGAGAAUGGACGGCUGGCGGUGGUGCGAGCAGCAAGGCCUAUACCCAAGGGCAUGGAGAUAACCACCACCUAUACAAAGAUCCUCUGGAGCAAUCUCACUCGCGGCAUUUUUCUCAAGAUGACCAAAUAUUUUGUCUGUAACUGCGACAGAUGCAACGACAACUCUGAGAAUGGCACUUAUCUAUCGGCGUUGUUUUGCCGGGAACAGGGGUGCAAGGGUCUAGUAAUACCCAUUCAGACGAAGACCCUGCAGCCAGAUUGGCGUUGUCUCAGCUGCGAGAAUGUCUUUCCCCACGCGAAGAUGGCGAGAUAUCAGGAUUUUGCUCUGAACACGAUCAACAAUCGGAUCAACACGUGCGGUGUUCGUGACAUGAUCCAUUUCAUCAAUGAACUGUGUCCAAGGUUUUGUCCCCCCUCCAAUUAUGUGCUAAUCGAGGCCAAGUUGAAUGUGAUCUGGCGGAUGACACGACUCGGCGCUGAGGAGUAUACGCCCGAGGAGUUGGUACACAAGGAUCGUUAUCGGGAGGAGAUAUUGGCCAUCUUACAUAAGCUCGGCGCUGGCGAGUGUACGCUGAAAAAGCUGAUCACGGAGGAAAUACAGUGAGCGCUAAGAGUUCACCAAUCCCACUCCAGCUGUGUGUACGUGUAUGUGUGAGUGUAUUCUAAUGUGUGUCUGCUGUUGUUGUGUGUGUCUGUUUGUGUGUGUGUGCGUAUGUGUGUGUGGGUGUAUGUGCGCUGGUGGGUUCAGCUGUUAGCCAAUCCAAUUGUUGUAGCUGGUAAAAAUUUUUGUUUUUUUUUUUCCUUUUUUUGUAAUCUCAUAAGAUAUGUAUAUUAUAAUAAAAACGGAGCUCUUGAAAAGAA